AUGGGGAACGUGUGGAGCUACUAUGCGGGGGACAGCGACGCCUUCGACAAGGCUGCGUGCUUGCCGACGGGGGACGCCUGCUCAGCCUUCUACACGCUCUUCAGACGGAGCGCAGCGAAGGUUGUGCUGCAGCAAGAGGCGUCUGGCCUGACUUCGGCGCGUGAGCAGGUUCUGCUGACGCUGGAGAACUGGGUCAGCGAGGCCGCGGUCUUGUACGACCAACAAGGCGAGUUCCCCGUCACGGUGACUAUGCAGGAGGAGCUGACGUUCGACGCAGCCAACGCCAGUCGCCAUGCGCCCCAGAAAGAGAUCGACAGUGGUGUACCAGCCUCCUUGGAGGAGAAUAUCCUCAAAGGUUUGUGCUCCAACCCGUUGAGCACGCCCGACAGCAUCUUCAAGAUCAUGGUGCAGCUUGGCAAGCGCCUCCGCGGGGACGAGUUCCUUCGUGUGGUGGGCAAGUACCCACGAGCGGCGCGGAUGUUCGCCAGUCAGCAGCUCAUCGCUCGCUCCGACGUGGGCAACAGCUUCAAGAUGAGCGUGUUGCAAGGGGGUUAUGGUCAAGCUGCAGAUGUGGUAGGCAAGACAGCGUACGGAGACAGCGUACUGGAGACAAAGCGCAGUCGACUGAAGGAGGCGGCCAAGCUGCUCCAAGCCUCGAUGGAUACAUCUUCCCCCUCCAUCACAUCGACGCUGUCACUGGGUGCAACGGAGCUGCACAAGUUGUCCUCGUCUCGAUCAGCGGACUCGUUCAACCAGGUGAUGACGAAUGAGCUGCUCGAGCUGCUCGAGACACAGCGAUCGAUGGAGCGCACUCUGUCUCUCCCCGCUGGGCUCCUCGUCGGAGGUUCUUUGGUGGAGACCGUCCAGAAGCUGGUGACGCUGCACCCGGUACAUCGGCAGGCUCUAGUACUCGCUGUCGACUGCGCCGAGGCGUAUUGCAUCCCCCCUCGACAGUUCUGGUGGACGCUGUUGAGAGUGCUAGCACGAACGGAGCAGUGGGAGACGCUGGUGGCCCUGGCAGGAGCCAUUCGACCGCCCAUCGGGUACGUGUCCAUUAUCGAGGUAAUGCUCGACGAAGACCAACACAAUUUAGCUCGGGUUCUGCUCGAAGCCAUCCAAGAUCCCAAUGAACGCGAGCAAGUCGCCGCAUUACUCGCCGAAGACCAAGACGACGACCAGGAACCACGGCAGCUUGACACACUGUAA